UCCCCGCACCAAGCGCUUAACCUCAUUGGGGUGGAGGAGAAGGCGGCGGUUGUGUGACCCGCAGCGACAACAGUAGCGAAUAAUAGGGCUAAUGGACUGCUGAAUUAUGAAGUAUUUCAAACCCAGUAGUAGAAGGACAUCACUCUGCCACUCACUCCUUUAUCUCCUGCUAGUUAUUUAAAUUGGACUUUUAAUAUCCUUCCAGCUGCUCUUCAGACACACAUGGUGCAUUGUUGCCAUUCCCCAGAUUGCAUCUUUGAAACACAGGCUCUUAGUAACCUUCAGCAAACAAAGAGGCAGCUUCCCGGAUACGGGUAUUGGGAGGGAGUCAUCCUGACUGCCCUCUAGCCUUUGCUGGAUCUGGAUUUGAAUUCCACCAUGGAGCCUCGCAUGGAGUCCUGCCUGGCACAGGUGUUGCAAAAGGAUGUGGGGAAACGACUGCAGGUUGGCCAAGAACUUAUAGACUAUUUCUCAGACAAACAGAAGUCUGCCGACCUUGAGCAUGACCAGACCAUGUUAGAUAAGCUUGUGGAUGGACUUGCUACCUCUUGGGUGAACUCUAGCAAUUACAAGGUGGUUCUUCUAGGCAUGGACAUCCUGUCCGCCCUGGUGACCCGGCUGCAGGAUCGGUUCAAGGCGCAGAUCGGCACAGUGCUGCCAAGUCUAAUAGACAGACUGGGAGAUGCGAAAGACUCUGUGCGGGAGCAAGACCAGACUCUGCUGCUAAAGAUCAUGGAUCAAGCUGCUAACCCUCAGUACGUCUGGGACAGGAUGCUUGGAGGCUUCAAACACAAGAAUUUCCGCACGCGAGAAGGCAUCUGUCUCUGCCUUGUUGCCACACUCAAUGCCUCUGGAGCACAGACUUUAACUCUAAGCAAGAUUGUGCCACAUAUAUGUAACUUACUUGGAGACCCAAACAGCCAGGUUCGAGAUGCAGCCAUAAACAGCUUAGUGGAAAUUUACAGACAUGUAGGAGAACGUGUGAGGGCAGAUCUCAGUAAAAAAGGAUUGCCUCAAUCCCGGUUGAAUGUAAUUUUUACAAAAUUUGAUGAGGUUCAAAAAUCUGGAAACAUGAUACAAUCUGCUAAUGAUAAGAACUUUGAUGAUGAAGAUUCUGUGGAUGGCAACAGGCCUUCCUCUGCCAGUUCUACAUCAUCCAAGGCUCCACCAAGCUCCCGGAGAAACGUUGGGAUGGGUCCCACCCGCAGGCUGGGGUCAUCCACCCUGGGAUCCAAGUCAUCAGCUGCAAAAGAAGGUGCGGGUGCUGUUGAUGAAGAGGACUUUAUUAAAGCAUUUGAUGAUGUACCUGUUGUGCAGAUUUAUUCCAGCCGAGACCUUGAGGAAUCCAUAAACAAAAUUAGGGAAAUCUUAUCUGAUGACAAGCAUGACUGGGAGCAGAGAGUAAACGCUUUAAAAAAGAUUAGAUCUUUACUUUUGGCUGGUGCUGCCGAGUAUGAUAACUUCUUUCAACAUUUACGUCUUUUGGACGGAGCCUUUAAACUCUCUGCUAAGGAUCUGCGGUCUCAGGUAGUGCGGGAGGCUUGUAUCACAUUGGGGCAUCUGUCAUCAGUUCUGGGGAAUAAGUUUGACCAUGGAGCUGAAGCCAUUAUGCCAACCAUCUUUAAUUUAAUCCCAAACAGUGCCAAAAUUAUGGCCACUUCUGGUGUUGUAGCUGUUAGGUUAAUCAUUCGGCAUACACAUAUCCCUCGGCUAAUACCUGUCAUAACAAGCAACUGUACCUCCAAGUCUGUUGCAGUCAGAAGGCGCUGUUUUGAAUUUUUAGACUUGCUUUUGCAAGAAUGGCAGACACAUUCACUGGAACGACAUAUAUCAGUAUUAGCUGAAACAAUAAAGAAAGGAAUACAUGAUGCCGAUUCUGAAGCCAGGAUAGAAGCCAGAAAAUGUUACUGGGGUUUCCACAGUCACUUCAGCAGAGAAGCAGAGCACUUAUAUCACACCUUGGAGUCCUCCUACCAGAAAGCCUUGCAGUCACAUCUAAAGAAUUCGGACAGCAUAGUGUCUCUGCCUCAAUCCGACCGCUCAUCGUCUAGUUCUCAAGAGAGUCUCAAUCGGCCACUCUCUGCCAAAAGAAGUCCAACUGGAAGCACCACGUCGAGAGCUUCCACAGUCAGUACCAAGUCUGUGUCGGCCACAGGAUCGCUGCAGCGGUCUCGAAGCGACAUCGACGUGAAUGCCGCAGCCAGUGCCAAAUCCAAAGUCUCCUCAUCUUCGGGCAGCACGCCGUUCAGCUCAGCAGCGGCUUUGCCUCCAGGGUCGUACGCAUCCCUAGAAUCCAGACACAUGAGGGAAGACAUGGAGUACAUAGGCCUGGACGCAGGUCGUAUCCGCACGAGACGGCAGAGCUCUGGGAGUGCCACCAACGUCGCCUCCACACCCUCUGACAGUCGGGGCCGCAGUCGCGCUAAAGUGGUGUCACAAUCUCAACCUGGCAGCCGGUCGAGUUCCCCAGGGAAAUUGUUGGGAAGUGGUUAUGGUGGACUUGCUGGAAGUUCCUCAAGAGGCCCACCUGUGACAUCAUCUUCAGAAAAACGAAGCAAGAUUCCCAGGAGUCAGGGAUGUAGCCGAGAAACAAGUCCAAACCGAAUAGGAUUAGACCGGUUUGGGCUUGGCCAGACAGGAAGAAUCCCUGGCUCUGUGAAUGCCAUGCGAGUUUUGAGCACAAGCACAGACCUGGAAGCUGCCGUCGCCGAUGCUCUGCUAUUAGGAGACUCCAGGAGCAAGAAGAAGCCAGUGAGGAGGAGAUACGAGCCGUACGGAAUGUAUUCUGAUGACGAUGCCAAUAGUGAUGCCUCAAGUGUUUGCUCCGAGCGCUCCUACGGCUCCAGGAAUGGCGGCAUUCCCCACUAUCUGCGGCAGACCGAGGAUGUGGCAGAGGUUCUCAACCACUGUGCGAGUUCAAACUGGUCAGAAAGGAAGGAGGGACUUCUGGGCCUGCAGAACCUCCUGAAGAGCCAGAGAACCCUGAGUCGAGUAGAAUUGAAAAGAUUGUGUGAAAUCUUCACCCGGAUGUUUGCUGACCCUCAUAGCAAGGUUUUCAGUAUGUUUUUGGAGACUCUUGUGGAUUUUAUAAUAAUUCAUAAGGAUGACUUGCAAGACUGGCUUUUUGUUCUCCUCACACAACUGCUUAAGAAAAUGGGAGCAGAUUUACUGGGAUCUGUGCAAGCAAAAGUUCAGAAGGCUCUAGAUGUUACAAGGGACUCCUUUCCAUUUGAUCAACAAUUUAACAUUUUGAUGCGCUUUAUUGUGGAUCAAACUCAAACUCCAAACCUCAAGGUCAAAGUUGCCAUCUUGAAAUACAUUGAAUCUCUGGCCAGACAGAUGGAUCCAACAGAUUUUGUAAACUCCAGUGAGACAAGGCUUGCGGUUUCUAGAAUCAUAACCUGGACAACAGAACCAAAGAGUUCAGAUGUGAGAAAGGCAGCACAAAUUGUGCUCAUCUCUCUGUUUGAAUUGAACACUCCUGAAUUUACUAUGUUACUUGGUGCCUUGCCAAAAACAUUCCAGGAUGGUGCCACCAAACUCCUGCAUAACCACCUCAAGAAUUCCAGCAACACCAGUGUGGGAUCUCCAAGCAAUACAAUGGGCCGGACGCCCUCUCGACACCCCAGCAGCAGGACCAGCCCCCUGACCUCACCCACUAACUGUUCCCAUGGCGGACUGUCUCCAAGCAUGCUGGACUACGACACAGAAAACCUGAAUUCCGAGGAAAUCUAUAGUUCUCUGCGUGGAGUCACAGAAGCCAUUGAAAAGUUUAGUUUCCGAAGCCAAGAGGAUCUGAAUGAGCCGAUCAAACGAGAUGGCAAAAAGGAGUGUGACAUUGUAUCCCGCGACGGGGGAGCUGCCUCCCCUGCCACUGAGGGCCGGGGAGGCGGAGAAGUGGAAGGAGGCAGGACAGCUCUGGAUAACAAGACCUCCCUCCUCAACACCCAGCCUCCUCGCGCCUUUCCUGGGCCACGUGCACGAGACUACAACCCGUUUCCCUACUCAGACACCAUCAACACCUAUGACAAGACAGCGCUGAAGGAGGCCGUGUUCGACGACGACAUGGAGCAGCUUCGAGAUGUACCCAUCGACCAUUCUGACCUGGUGGCUGACCUCCUGAAGGAGCUCUCCAACCACAACGAGCGAGUGGAGGAGAGGAAAGGUGCCCUGCUGGAGCUGCUCAAGAUCACGCGGGAAGACAGCCUGGGCGUGUGGGAGGAGCACUUCAAGACCAUCCUGCUGCUGCUGCUCGAGACCCUCGGCGACAAAGACCAUUCCAUUCGAGCCCUAGCAUUGAGAGUUUUACGGGAAAUUCUGAGAAAUCAGCCAGCAAGAUUUAAAAACUACGCCGAGCUGACCAUCAUGAAGACUCUGGAAGCCCACAAAGAUUCCCAUAAAGAGGUGGUGAGAGCCGCCGAGGAGGCUGCAUCCACGCUGGCUAGUUCCAUCCACCCGGAGCAGUGCAUCAAGGUGCUCUGCCCCAUCAUCCAGACGGCAGACUACCCCAUCAACCUUGCCGCCAUCAAGAUGCAGACCAAAGUGGUUGAGAGGAUUGCCAAGGAGUCCCUGCUGCAGCUCCUGGCUGACAUCAUCCCCGGCUUGCUGCAGGGUUAUGAUAACACCGAGAGCAGUGUGCGCAAGGCCAGCGUGUUUUGCUUAGUGGCAAUUUAUUCCGUAAUCGGAGAAGAUCUGAAACCUCACCUGGCACAGCUCACAGGGAGCAAGAUGAAGCUGCUCAACUUAUACAUAAAGAGGGCCCAGACCACCAACAGCAACAGCAGCUCCUCGUCGGACGUCUCCACACACAGCUAAUGCCAGUGCCCCUCUGUGUAGACCGAGAAGCAAGCGGUGGUGCCUCAGAGACCUCUCCCCGCCCCCAUCGGCUGCCCAGUCAGUGCACGGAGGCCCGCAAAUAUUUAUUACAAUCAGUAUUUUGGUCCCUUCCAGCUUUUGUGUAGAAUCUUACUGGUAUUGAAUGUAAAGGAAGCAAGGCCUGUAUCACAAUCUUCAUCGAAACAGAAAGAAUAGGGAACGGAAAGAGCCAUACUUAACCAUGUCUUGUGCCGCCUGCUGAGAUCCUAGACCACGUGUGGGGUGCCAGCACUGAGUAGAAAGUCGGGUUGCUUGUUUGCCCAGUCAGUAGCAGGUCGGGGUGGGUGGGGUGUUCCUUUGUGUUCUUCCUUCUUGGCGUGUUUUGCGUGAGUAUGGCCUGUGUGGGGCAGAGUCUCCCUCCACGUCACAGCCUGCACUGUGGCAGUCUGUGUUUCUUUAAGUUGUGCUCUGAUACCUACUAAAAAUGGGACUUGGGUCUUGGCAAGCAGAGGAGAAAAGCCCGAGUAUGGCCGUUGAGCAAGCCGUGCAGAGUUCGGCUCGUCGUGCCCACAUGGGAGGCUGCCUGAGUGAGCACCACGUCAACCCCGCCUGCCCUUCUGAGCAGCUCCACAGAUGGAGUCCCCACCCCGCCGCCCCCAGGGGCCAGAGUUCUUCAAGUUUCAGUCCACACAGAACAUCAAGGUGAAUUUGUCGCAUCGUUUAGGGAGGCCUGCAGUGGCAUUCCUGAAGUAGGAAGAUACAGGAGAGGCAGGCUCAUGCUCACAUCAUGGCGGGGUCCACCCAGCAGCUCGUCCUUGGGGGCAGCAGUGCUCCACUCCACUCCCUGCAAGCUCUGCCAGAACUGCACCACUUCCAGAAUGUUCUGUUAGCCCGAUAACAGCAACCUUACCAUCUAAAUUUCGACUUCUGUGUUUAAUUUGGGAUUAACAGCAAAGAAGAGUCUAGAGAAACCAUAUAUCAGAAUCAUUUCUUAAAAUUUUAUAAACCAAAGUACUUCCCUGAUGGUUGAAAUAGUCGUCGUCUAAGGAUAAAGUGAUGGUGACGAGCGGCAGAUGCACAGAAGCAGCAUUUCAGACACACUUUCUAGAAUUGUUUUCUUGCCUUGCACAUGAAGCCACCAGGCCCUCUUCCAGCCUCUCAAGGGUCUGAUUGCUCUGACAAAAGUAUAGACUCAGAGUCUGGUUAAAUAAGCUUUGAGACAAUUCUUAAGCCAAAUGGUAAAUCUUAAAUGCAAUCAUGAAGACUUCUGUUGUCUGUUACUGUUCUGUUUUAGAUCUGAAUUGAACUGAUUUUUUUCACGAGGAAAAUGCUCCUUUUGAUGUUGAUUCCAGUGAGGUGUUGUCAUUCAAAUGCUUUGUCCAUUGCAGCCACUAGGACUGAAAGCUGGGCUGCCCAAGUGUGGGUUCUCACCCCUGAUUUCCACAUCCCCCUCCUGUCCUCUGACCCUCCAGAUUUGGUGUGGGGAAGUUGGGAAAGACAGUUUAUUUGGAAAUAUGCACUGCAAAUGAAGGCCUUGUAAUGCCCAGGACCAUGAAGCCAGGCUGUGGCCACUACUCUGCGUGUGUGUGUGUGUGUGUGUAGGGGGUGUCUUACACAUGUUAAGCACUCCACUGCUGCUGUUUAGCGAACUUCAGGGGUGCAUUUCAGAUGGUUGAAUAUUGAAUACUACUUGGCUCAGAACAUGGCAGGACCAGGCCUUACUUUUCGUUGUUAAUAUUUCACUAAUGAGAUUUCUUUUUUACACUCUGUGAGUCCUGAAAUCUUCUGGUUACUCCUCUGUUGUAGAAAUGUGUGUGCUGGUAAGAUUAUUUAUGAGUUAUUUUAUGCCUGAUCCAGGCAGAAGGACCUUUCCCCUCGAGGUCUUUGGCUCCAAGGUCCCCACAGCCCCCUGUGGAGUUGGAAGGAUCUUGAACAUCGCCUGGCGUCCUCACAGGACUCACCAAGGGCUAAGCCUCGGAUGCCACUUGCCCAGUCCUCAGCCUCCCACUCAGAGAGAGGUACAGUCACUUCCGAGGUCUCAGCCCCAAGCUGAAACUGCUGCCCGCUGCACCGAGGGAACUCGCAUGCCGCCACCGCCACCUCACCAGGAGGGAGGUCGCGCCCACCGCCACCGCCCUCCCGGAGCCCGACAGCUGCCUUGCCACCGCCCUGCAGGGCUCCUGGUUAGAUGAAACACCAGAACACAACAGAGCAGAGCACCCCAAACUGUGCCGGCCUCCCUGGCUGCCCGCACGGUGCAGGGGCUGGGUCGUCUGACUUCCUGCUUCCCCUCCAGCUGCUGCCUCCCUCUCCAGGCCGGCCUCUCCCGGCGGCUUCUCCCAGGGCCGCGCCUGCCUUUUCUAUGGCUCACCUCUAGCUUACCGACACCCUGUGCAGGGAACGCGGCCGGCCUUGUCUCAUCAGUCUUUUUCUUUCCCUGCCACCUUUCCUUAUCACGCCUAAUGUCACACCUUCAAGAACAGCCAGAGAGCCUUGCAGAGAGCCUCACCAGGACCUGGCUAACAGUCACGUUUGGAACUCAAACAAGAGACACUCUGCAAAGGAUCAGCCACUGAGACAGUUUUGUUGGCACUGUGUUCACACGCAUGGUCCCCACACCCCCAGGUUGGGUGGGUUUUUCAGUUUGUUUUUGUUUUUUUUCCCCUUGGGCUUUUUCAUGUUACAUCCAUAUCUGUAUUUAUAUCUUAUUUGUUUCACUUUCAAGUGUAUCAUGGCAAAUGUACAGAUUUUUUUUGUUAAUAAUGUGCUAGGAUUUGCUAAAAAAACAACAACAAAAAAAAGUCCCUUUUGAGUUUGCCCUAGAAUAAAUGAAACUUAACUCAGUUUCCUG